UUUCACUUCUCUCUUUUCAAUCCUCCCCGUGCACAUAAAACAUGGAACUUACUCUUUAUGAUCAAUUAAAGAAGACGCUCGAGUGUCUACCAGAUAUUCUAGCCUAUAAUGCUUCUGUAUCCAAGCCAACUCCUGCAGAACUGAAGCCUUCUAGUUUUAAUCACAAGACUAUCAGCCUUCGAGGACACAAAUAUCACUACGUCGAGGAAGGUGAUCCAAACGGUACUCCAGUGAUUUUACUUCAUGGGUUCCCAGAUUUAUGGUAUGGAUGGCGUCAUCAGAUUCGACACCUUGCAAAACAUGGAUAUCGUGUCUUUGCUAUUGACAACUUGGGGUCUGGUGGAUCUGAUCAUCCAAGGUGUUCUCUUGACGAGUUGGAUCCAUACCUCGCUGUUAACUUGUCAGCCAGCUUGGUUGACUUUUUAGAUCAACUGAAUAUUGAGAAGGCGGUGUUUGCUGGGCAUGAUUGGGGCGGAUAUUUGGUCUGGCAAUUAGGUCAGAGAUACCCUGAACGCUGCCACACCAUAAUCAGUCUUGGGGACCCAUAUAGACAGCCAACAAAAGAAUUCGUUGGCAUGGAUCAAUUUGUCAAGCAAUUUCCUCAUUUUGCUUAUUGGGUUACUUUCGAGACCGAGGAGCCUGAUAACUGGUUUGAUGGCGAUGUUCAUAAACAAGCCCAAGCUUAUUAUGCUGGAUUUGCAGCUCGUCCUGGCACUAAUAUAGAAGAGAUGGAGUACUAUAUCGACCAAUUCACUCGUACAUCUUUCCAUGGUGGAUACAACUACUACCGUGCUUUCAAACCCAACCAUGAAGAACAGCGCCGUUAUAUUGGCAAGCCGUUUACAGUGCCUGCGUUACAAGUGAUUAUCGAGCAAGAUCAGUACUUAACUCCAGAGUUUAUUGCAAUCCAUCCAACGCACAUGGUUCAGCAUCUGGAACAGAUCCGGAUUGAGAAAGGAGGACACUGUGUUCAGUUCGAGAAUCCUGAGCAUGUCAAUAAGGUCUUUACAGAUUAUUUGAGCAAGUUCUUUAGCAAGGACAAGAGUCAGGAUCGGACAAAAGUACAAUAG